AUGAUGCUACCACUAAGACGAUAUGCUUCAACUCUCCAUAAAACUGCUUUCAUAGUUCCCAAGACAUUCACUCGUUCUCUCCAUCUCGCUCCUCCGUUCCUUCUUGAUGACUAUGUCCCACGAUACAUGACCCUCAGCUCUCGAGAUGCAGCCAAGAAACGUUCUUUGGCAUACGCUCACCUUCGAAACUGUAACCUGUGUCCAAGAGAAUGUGGCGUAAACCGGUUCGAGAAAACCGGCAUGUGCCUUAUCGGCGAGAAGGCAAAAGUCAAUACGAUUGCUCCCCACUUUGGAGAAGAACCUUGUAUACAGGGGCAUAAUGGUAGCGGCUCCGUGUUUAUGAGCGGGUGUAACAUGAGAUGCAUCUUCUGCCAGAACUGGGACAUAUCUCAUCAACGUAACGGUAUGGACCUGUCACCUGAAGAACUUGGUGAUUGGUACAUCAAGUUGCAAGAGGUUGGCAAAGUCCACAAUAUCAACGUUGUUACGCCGGAGCAUGUUGUGCCGCAGGUGGCGUUGAGUAUCCUCCAUGCCAGGGACCAUGGCCUGACCGUUCCUAUCGUGUACAACACCUCGAGCUUUGACUCUCUUGCAUCCCUCGAGCUGAUGGACGGAUUGGUUGAUAUCUACCUGGCCGACUUUAAGGUGUGGAAACCAAGUACUUCUAAAAGGCUACUUAAAGCGGAUGACUAUGCCGCCACAGCGAAGGAGAGCGUCAAGGCCAUGCACGCCCAAGUCGGUGACCUGUGCUUUACGGGAGAUGGAAUAGCCAAGAAAGGUCUCUUGAUCCGUCAUCUUGUCAUGCCAGGUAAAGAGGAUGAGGGAGCUGAGAUAAUGAAGUUCCUUGCGAAUGAAGUUUCUACGGAUUGCUUCGUCAAUAUCAUGGAGCAGUACCAUCCAGAUGCCCACGUCGGAAAGCCCGAACGAGCGAAAUCUAAUGCCAAAGAAGACAACAAGGAAGUCCGAUAUGCGGAGAUGAAUCGAGCCGUCAGCAAUCAAGAGGUCUCUUGGAUCCGAAAAGCCGCAGAGGAACAUGGACUGUGGAGGUUCAACGACCCACCAAAACAUGAAGGCUUCGCUAUCUGA